AUUCUGCUGUCUCUUCCAAGGCAUUGCAGCCAUCUGCAACUUUGCCUCAUCCAUCUUCUUUUCCAGGCAGAAAGGAGGGAAGGAAAGAAGACAAACAACGACCUUGUUACACUCUACCGUGACCUGUUUAGAUACAGCCGUCUAUCCACCAAGAUGACACGAGUCUCUGUCUACAGCGCCGCCCUUGUGGCCUUUGUCGCUGCAAUAGCGACGGCGAUGAUUAUCGCGUCCAUUACGCUCCCCCACUGGGUCACCUACACUGUGACGACCGCCGACGGCAAGGAAUACUCAAAACACAUCGGUCUUCAUCGCUCCUGUUCCAAUGGGUUCAAUGAGCCGUGCCAGGUGUUUCCGACCGAGGAGCUAUGUAGCGCGAAUGGCGAACGCUACUUCUGUUCCAUGUGGCGCUCCGUCGGCUUCUUGGCCUCCUUCUCGACCAUCCUUCACCUCGCAUCCAUCGUCACGUUCCUCGUUAUCAUGGGCGGCGGCAAAUACAAGCGCGAAAGUGGAUGGACCAUUCUCGGUGGGCUUUUGGUAUUUGUCGCAGCCAUCGAAUUCACCUUAAUGGGUAUAGUAGCAUACCUCUAUGACAACGACGAGCAGUUCCAGAUUCCUGGCUGGGGGCUGGAUUCCUCCUGGAUUCUGUGUACCGUGAGCGCUUCCAUCUCGAUUCUGUGCGCUGCUGGAUUGGCCAUCUCCGCCUUUGUGCUCCCGCCAGAGGAGGGCUACGAGUUCCUCAACGAUCCCAUGCCGUAG